CAUCUCAGUAAUUUUACAAAUACUACGUGAUAAUUGAUAAUAACAGCACCAAAUCUAGAAAUUAUCAUUUUUUGACCUUACGACUUUUAAGUAAGAAACUACCACCCAUGAACAGUAGAUGUCAGCCUCAUGAUCAGUGAUCAGUGUUCGAGCACAUGUGAAUCUGAAAGGGAACCUUGUGCAAUUCGCCUAUCUAUGUGAUAAAUCUAAACAUUUUUCAUUCUGUAAAAUGGCUCUUCCACGUUUUUUCGUGCGUGCGACAAAUCUAGUUAAGACAACUCCAGUUUUUAGUCAUUCCUGUAAAGUAAUUCCAAGGUUUUUCAAUACAUCAAACUGCGCAUUCGCAGAACGUUUGUAUACGGAUAAACACGAAUGGAUUGAAGUGAAUGAUAAAAUUGCCACAGUUGGAAUCUCACAAUAUGCUCAGGAAGCUCUAGGUGAUGUAGUCUAUGCACAGCUGCCGGACGUCAACACAGAACUCAAGCAAAAAGAUGAAUGUGGCGCACUAGAAAGUGUAAAAGCAGCUAGCGAAAUUUACAGUCCAAUAUCUGGAAAAGUUGUAGAAAAAAAUGUUGGAGUUGAAGAUACCCCAUCUCUCAUAAACACGUCUUGUUACGAUAAAGGGUGGCUGUUCAAAGUGCAAUUGGAUAACGAAACUGAAUUAUCGAAGCUGAUGUCGGAAGUACAAUACACCGAAUUCCUAAAGACGGAACAAGAUCAUUGAGAUUUAAAUUCAUCAUACACUGAUUCGAGAGAAAAUCAAAUCAAAUUGUAUUUGCUUGUUGCUUGUUAAGAGCAACUUGUGAUACAUUUGUGAAUAUUUCCCGUAAUGAUCCAAGAGUCAUCACAUUUGUUAAUGUCAUUGAUGUUUUAUAACUUUGUUUUUCUGAUAGUUAAUAAAUAAUUUUAAACAAAUAAUAUACCA